AUGUUUGGCAACCACUCAGGAAUUCUGGAAUUGAAACUGCUUGGAUUUUCUGGCUCGCAAGAUUUCCACCACAUGCUCUUUUCCAUAUUCUUCCUUCUUUACAUGGUGACAUUUAUUGGAAAUUCACUCAUUAUUGUUAUGGUAUGUAUGGAUUAUCGUCUCCACUCUCCCAUGUAUUUCUUCCUUGGUAACAUCUCUGCUAUGGAGAUUUUAACCACAACUAUUGUUAUCCCUACUAUGCCAGGAGGUUUGCUGACUGUCCAAAUUCAGACAAUGUCCUUUGGUGCAUGUAUGGCUCAACUCUUCUUCUUACUUUCUGUGGGGACUUCAGAGUUUGUGUUGUUGGCAGUAAUGGCUGCAGACCGAUAUGUAGCUAUCUGUAACCCCUUGAGGUAUAGUCUCAUCAUGAAUCACCAAGUCUGCCUCUGGGUGGUCAUUGUGUUCUGGGUAUUUGGGUUUCUGUUCCAAAUCUGGCCAAUCGUUGCAACAGACCAUCUUUACUUCUGUGGGCCAAAUGUCCUGAAUCAUUUUUUCUGUGAGAGAGGCCAGCUGCUCAGACUCACUUGUGGUGACAGCAGAUUUCAGCAGUUCAUCCUCUUCCUGAUGGCAGCUUUCAUUCUUUUUGGCACUUUGCUCCCAACCAUCAUCUCCUACAUCUACAUCAUUUGUACCAUUCCGAGGAUUCCUUCUGCUUCUGGUCGGAGGAAGGCCUUUUCUACCUGUGCCUCCCACUUCACCAUGGUAGUGAUAGGCUAUGGGACCUGCCUGUUUCUCUAUGUGAAUAAGCAGUCUGAUGCCACUGAGUCUAACAAAAUGAUUUCUCUAAUGACAUCAGUGGUGACUCCAUUGCUGAACCCCUUCAUCUUUACUCUGAGGAAUGAUCAGUUCUUAGAGGUCUUGAGAGAUGCAGUAAAAUGGUUACAUCAUCUCUUGAAGAAGUAG